AUGAACAUCAACAACGUCGACAUUAUGCACCUCAAGAAGGGCGAGACCUCGAUCAUGGCCGUCCAGUUCGCUGAUGGUGUCGUUAUCGGUGCCGACUCGAGGACAACCACCGGAGCUUACAUUCUCACGCACAUCCACGACCGCAUCUACUGCUGCCGUUCCGGAUCUGCUGCCGACACCCAGGCCGUCGCCGACAUUGUCCACCACCACGCCCAGCUCUACACCCAGAUCUACGGUGAGGCUCCUCCCGUGGCCACCAUCGCUGCCCUCUUCGAGAAGCUCUGUUACGAGAACAAGGACCAGCUCUCGGCUGGUAUCAUUGUUGGAGGCUGGGACAAGGAGAACGGAGGAAGCGUGUACAACAUUCCGCUCGGCGUCGGUACCUUCAAGCAGCCGUGGGCUAUCGGUGGAUCCGGAUCGACGUACGUCUACGGAUACUGCGACGCUACGUAUCGUGAGGGCUGGAACGAGGAGCAGACGAUCGAGUUCGUCAAGAACAGAGGAUGCAUCAGGAUGUGUGUUCUUACCAAGGACAAGGUCGAGCGUAUCUUCAUUCCCGGAAACGAGCUCCCGCGCUUCUGGGAGGGCAAGGAGGUGCUCGGUUCUGCCGAGAGGGUUUCCGCGACUUCGGUGUAG